CAGUCUGCUGCAGGGUAGUAUAUGUGAAACAAAGAUCCCAUUCGAAUGCAUGACUCAGUCUGAAACAUCCAAAGUGGUAGUAAGGUUCAAUGGCAAAUGUAAACAUUUGUCAACACUUGAAAAAUAUUCCUUUGGACAGCAUGGAUUUGCUGGAAUCUAGAGUUCAGAACACUUGCAAAGAACAGCGCUUUAUUUUUUAAAGCAUUAAUUACCUGGAUUGGUUGCAGUGAUGGCUAGCAAACGAAAAUCCACAACUCCUUGCAUGAUACCGGUAAAAACAAUGGUGCUGCAGGAGAUGGAAUCAGAUGCUGUGGAAGAUAAUCAUGAAGGAACUCAACAGCACCUGCCUCCUGAACCUCCGGAAGCUGGUGAUGCUGUUAUUAACAAUAGCAGCAAUAAUGCAACAUUGUAUAAUGGGCAUCGCAAUAUUAUGGAUGGUGAUAAGUACUUGUGUAAGUAUUGCGAUUUUGGAUCUCAAGAUGUUAAUCAUUUCUUUGGACACAUGGAUUCUGAGCACUUAGACUUCAGCAAAGACCCCUCGUUUGUAUGUGUUGAGUGCAGUUUUCUGGCACAAAGCCACAAAGGGCUUUUGCAUCACAAUGCCGAGUGCCAUGAUGGUGAAACUAGCUUCCUCUGGAAUGUGGCUAAGCAGGAUAAUCAUACGACAGUGGAGCAGAGUAUCUCUGAUGCCACCAGCAACCAAGACCUUCCAGGAGAAUUCUGUGAGGAGGGGGUAGAUGGUCAAGCUGAAAUCAUCAUCACCAAAACUCCCAUUAUGAAGAUAAUGAAAGGUAAGCCUGAGACCAAAAAAAUUCACAUGCUGAAGGAGAAUGUAUCAAAUCAGCCAGGCAAUGACUUGGUGAUGAAAAAUGGUGACCAUUCAUUCACGAAUGGGUCUCUGCCAGCCAGCCAGUCAACGACCAGCUCAGCAAAAUCAUCUCACAUAGUCAAUGGCUCCAUAUUGGGAAACGUGCCUGUUUUGCAGGCAGGCGUUGCACAACUUGUGUCAUUGCAGCAGCAGCCACAGCUGCACCAGGACCUACCCACGUCCAAAUCCCUUCCUAAAGUGAUGAUUCCUUUGAGCAGCAUUCCCACGUACAAUGCAGCCAUGGAUUCCAACAGCUUCCUGAAAAAUUCCUUUCAUAAGUUUCCCUAUCCUACAAAAGCUGAGCUUUGCUAUUUGACUGUCGUGACCAAGUACCCAGAAGAGCAGCUUAAGAUCUGGUUUACUGCCCAGAGGUUGAAACAAGGCAUUAGCUGGUCCCCAGAGGAGAUAGAAGAUGCACGGAAAAAAAUGUUCAACACGGUUAUUCAGUCUGUACCGCAGCCCACUAUCACAGUUUUAAAUACACCUCUAGUUGCAAAUGCCAGCAAUGUCCAGCAUCUCAUUCAGGCAACUCUGCCUGGUCACAUGGUCGGGCAACCAGAAGGAACGGGAGGGUUACUCGUUACACAACCAAUAAUGACAAAUGGAUUAAAAGGAAGCAGCUCGUCUCUCACGUUAGCAGUGACAUCUAUUCCCAAGCUCCAACCCAUUACGCAACACAACAAUGUGUGUUCGAGCAGCGCAUCAGCUGUGAAGGUGGUCAACACAGCUCAGUCUCUGCUGACUGCAUGCCCAAGCAUAUCUUCACAAGCUUUCAUGGAUCCCAGCAUUUACAAAAAUAAGAAGUCCCACGAGCAGCUGUCUGCACUGAAAGACAGCUUCUGCAGGAAUCAGUUCCCUGGCCACGCUGAAGUUGAGCGUCUGACCAAAAUUACAGGCCUUACUACUAGGGAGGUUCGAAAGUGGUUUAGUGAUAGGAGAUAUCAUUUCAGGAAUAUGAAAGGCAGUAGAGCCAUGUUUGCUGGAGAUAAUACAAUAAUUAUUGACUCCAUGCCUGACAUUACCUUCAGUGUGUCACCAAAAGAGACUGACUUAACCUCUACGACAGCAGCGAUGCCUGUGGCUAAUCACCAAACAAGGCGACAGUCCUGGCAUCAAACGCCCGACUUCACUCCAACGAAAUACAAAGAGAGAGCACCAGAGCAACUCAAGGCUUUGGAAGGCAGUUUUGCACAAAACCGUUUUCCUCCAGAGGAAGAAGUGGACCGUUUGAGGAGUGAAACAAAAAUGACCAGGAGAGAAAUUGAUAGCUGGUUUUCAGAGAGGAGGAAAAAAAAGGUGAUGGAGGAAAAUAAAAAAGCAGAAGAAAUGGUCCAGCAAGAGGAGGAGGAUGCUGACAAUAAUUGUGGAGAAGAGGAAGACUCCUCAGAUGAACUGAGGGUCUCAAGAGAAAAUGGUUCAUUAGACAUCCCAAGCAGCAAUCAAACUUCACUGGAGCGGAAAGUUAGUCCUAUUAAAAUCAAUCUGAAGAAGCUUAGAGUGACUGAGUCAAAUGGCAAAAAUGAAUUGCCAGAGGUAGGUGCAAAUGAUCAAGGGGACAACAGUUCUAGCAGGCCACCUACCCCUGCAAAAACCAAACUGAACUUUAAAAAAACAGCCCAACAGCGGCAUUUGCUUAAACAAAUGUUCGUAAAGACACAGCGACCAACAAAUCAAGAAUAUGACGCCAUAGUUGCUCAGACAGGCCUGCCCCGGGCUGAGAUAAUUCGUUGGUUUGGGGACAGCCGGUAUGGGUUAAAAAAUGGCCAGCUGAAAUGGUAUGAGAACUACCGGCGGGGUAUCUUCCCUCCAGGCUUAGCGGUGAUCAGCCCAGCUAGCAAAGAGAUCCUAGAGGAGUAUUACAAAAAGCACAAGAUGCUGUAUGAAGAUGACCUUCAGAGCUUGUGUGAGAGAACUGAACUGAAUUCACAGCAGGUUAGGGUGUGGUUUGCUGUAAAGGCGGACGAAGAAACCCGGACCGUGUCUGACACGGGAAGCGAAGAUCGAUACUCAGGCACUGGCGAACAAGCAGGAAGCCAAAAAGGGACAUGCGAUGCCAGUUCGGAGGUAUCUGAGAAUAGCGAACCUUGGGAGCCCAGUGGCCAAGAAGGCCAUUCGGAACUCUUUGAUACAGUUAGCCAGCAACCUGCAGUUCAGCUUGAAACAGAUUGACCUUAAACUGCCAGCUCUGAAGGAUCUGCGAUUACAUUUGAGAAGAGUGUAAAUCCAUGGGCCUGAUACAAAUCUCAGUAGCAGGGAGUGGUGGUGUAAAAGCACUGCUGUAAUGAGACCUUCCAGUACAGCACAUCAGAGAGGGAGAGCAAGAGAAAUGGGCUCUUCAUGCAGUGCCAUCUGCAGCCUAAUCUAGAAUUUUACUCACCAGCUGGCCAAAGUAGGGCAUCAGUAAGAUCUUCUCACUCUGGUGACGUAGGAUGCUGUUGUUUCCUUUCCAGUGGAUAAACUUUCAGAUUUCAUAUUCAUAUAAUGGAACCAACUUUUGACAUGCAGACAGCCGUCUCGACAAGCAUAAUUAAUUUUAGACAUUGAUUGUGUAAACGUAUUUUUUGCAUAGAAAUGGACUAUCAUGGCACAAUACAUUUUUAUCUUCA